AAAUAUAAAAACUAAAAAAAAAAAAAUAAUAGUUCUUUCGUUAUUAUAAAAGUAUCAUCGUCUUCACAUAUUAGGGUUAACCACCCACUGCGGCAGAUUCAAGGUGCAAACUUGCCUUCUGAAACAAAGCUUCAUCAACUGAACCAACCAUGGCUGAACAGACUGAGAAGGCUUUUUUGAAGCAAAAUAAAGUGUUUUUAUGCUCGAAGAUAUCUGGGAAGGGGAAGAGACCUGGAAAGGGUGGCAAUCGUUUUCAUAAAACUGUUGGCCUUGGUUUUAAGACUCCUAGGGAAGCCAUUGAAGGAACCUAUAUUGACAAGAAGUGUCCCUUCACUGGUAAUGUCUCAAUCCGAGGUCGUAUCAUAUCUGGUACUUGCCAUAGUGCUAAGAUGAAUAAGACCAUUGUUGUUAGGAGGAAUUAUCUUCAUUUCAUUAAGAAAUAUCAGAGGUAUGAGAAGCGCCAUUCUAAUAUUCCUGCACACGUAUCACCUUGUUUCCGAGUGAAGGAAGGGGAUCAUGUUAUUAUUGGCCAAUGCAGGCCACUUUCGAAGACAGUGAGGUUCAAUGUAUUGAAAGUCAUCCCAGCUGGAUCUUCUAGUGGUGCCGGUGCCAAGAAGGCAUUUACAGGAGUCUGAGUUUGGAAUAUUUACAGUUGUACCUUAGUUUCAAAUGUUUGACUGUUCUGACUUGGUCAUGAUCUCAUCAAAUUUGGAUAUGUUUUAAUGCUUUGCAUUCAUUUUAGUUAAUGUUAAAUUUUUUUAUUUUGAUAUACAUUUUGGCUUUAAAAUAUUAGUUGCAGUAAUUUUUGCCAUAAUGGCAGUGCUUACUCAUCUGUGAUUUUUUUUA